AUGGACAUCAGUGAGACGGUAUUAUGGACGGACUCAAAAACGGUGCUGAGAUGGAUCGGUAGCACCCACCGCCGGUACAAGCAGUUUGUUGGCAACCGAGUGGCGGAGAUUUUGGAGUCGUCAAAGGUAUCCCAGUGGCUAUGGGUACCUACAGCUGACAACGCAGCGGAUGAUGCGACGCGGUCGCAGAAUAAGGCGGACCUCAGCCUGGAAUCCCGUUGGCUAAGCGGUCCCGCAUGUUUGAGGCAGCCAGCGAGCGGUUGGCAAGCGCCUGAGGAGGGAACUAAGCGUGUUUCGGAUGCAUCUGAUGACGAGGAGAUGCCAAGUGAGUUUGCAUUGGUGGCCACAAAUGAAUUUGGCAAUCCGUUCCAGAGAUUCUCGAGCGUCAGCCGCCUGGUGAGGGCCACAGCCUGGGUCUUGAGGGAUACGCGUUGGUGCCGCAAACAGAGAAGCGAGGUCGAGGAAUACGGACUCACUGCAACGGAAUGUGAGGCCGCGGAGAACCUGUUAGUCAGGCAGGCUCAACUGGAAUCGUUUCCCGACGAGAUGAGGUCGGUGGAACGCGGUAAGGAAGUCGCCAGCUCGAGUGAGAUUCGAGGUCUGGCGCCGUACAUGGAUGAACACGGAGUUCUGCGAGUUUAUGGCAGAGUUGAUACCGCGCUGUGCAUGCCGUACAGUGCGAGGAGGCCUGUGAUACUGUCACACAGGCACAGUAUUACGGAGAUGGUUGUAAGACACUUUCACGCCCAGAUGAAGCAUCAAAACUUGGAUGCGACGAUUGCUCAGAUCCGGACGAGAUUCUAG